CAGUGUGGGAGUGUGCUGACCUUCCGGGUCAGACUGCAGACCAUGUUUCUCCUCACUCCAGCGUUGGUAGCGGUUGUCUGCAUCUUGAUUGUAUGGGUCUUUAAAAAUGCCGACAGGAGCCUGGAGACAAAGAAGGAGGAGGCGCAAGCUCGCCCCUGGGUGGAUGAAGACUUGAGAGACAGCACUGACCUCCUCCAAGAGGAAGAAGAUGUUGACGAAUGGCAAGAAUCAGAGGAGAGCGUGGAGCACGUCCCGUUCUCUCACACCCGGUACCCAGAGCUGGAGAUGAAGAUGAGGUCCCAGGAAUUCUAUGAACUCCUCAAUAAGAGACGCUCUGUCAGGUUUAUCAGCAGCGAGCAAGUUCCAAUGGAAGUCAUUGCUAACGUCAUCAAAGCAGCAGGGACAGCGCCAAGUGGGGCCCAUACAGAGCCCUGGACCUUCGUGGUGGUGAAGGACCCAGACGUGAAGCAUAAGAUCCGAGAGAUCAUCGAGGAGGAGGAAGAGAUAAAUUACAAGAGGAGGAUGGGAGACCGAUGGGUCACAGACCUGAAGAAACUGAGAACCAACUGGAUCAAGGAGUACCUGGACACAGCCCCAGUUCUGAUUCUCAUUUUCAAGCAAGUCCAUGGUUUUGCUGCGAACGGAAAGAAAAAGGUCCACUACUACAACGAGAUCAGUGUGUCGAUCUCCUGUGGCAUCCUGCUGGCUGCGCUGCAGAAUGCAGGGCUAGUGACUGUCACCACCACUCCCCUCAACUGUGGUUCUCGUCUGAGGCUGCUCCUGGGCCGACCCUCACAUGAGAAGCUGCUGAUGUUGCUCCCUGUAGGGUACCCUAGCAAAGAGGCCACAGUGCCUGACCUCAAGCGGAAAGCUCUGGACCAGAUCAUGGUGACAAUAUAGUGAGGCAAUCUGUGAUGGGAUGUCACUUGCUUCUCCCCACUGAGUCUGCUGCCUUCUCUUGCUCUCUGCAAAUAGGUGCACAGGGAACGCACUUCUUAUGCCAUGACAUCUUUCCACAUUCUAGAACUUUCUGUCCAGUAAGUACUGUGUUUGGUGAAGUGUUUUAGUGAACAUUGGGGCAAGAGGGUCACAAAGCAUCUAUGUACACCUUAACUCCUCCACAAAAUCGUAGGUGGUUUUUUCUUUUUUUAUGAUUUUUUUCAUUUGUUAAAAAAAUUAAUAUAAAGAGUCACAUUUGACAAUUUACUAUAGUUCAAAGAGUUACCUCCACAAUGAUUCUUAAUUUAAAUGUUGACCAAUCGAGUGGUCUUCUGACCCUCUGCUUCCCGGUGGCUUCAAGACUACGAAUGUGCUAUUGAGACCUAUCCUACCAUUGAAUUUCGUGGAAAUUCAAUCUUGAAUGAAUAACUGUUAAAGCCACUAAAUUAUGGUACUCAUGGAACCAGAGAGGCAUGUCUACAUGCCAUGAUCUAGCUGGCAUGUAGCUGAACAUGAACUGUGUGGGAUGUGUCAGAACUGGCUUAUAUGAACACAUGGAACCUGGUAGUAAACUAUUCUUAAAUUAUGAACCUAAUUAUUUAACCAGUUGUGGCUUGGAAUUGUCCAUGGUGAAGGCAUUUACACAAAAGGAGUUGGCAGCCACCAUAAGGCAGUUUCAGCUUUCCAGAGAUGCUGUUUACCAC